AUAUAUCUCCCUAUCUUUAAUCUGUUUUAUCUUUUCUUUCUGCAGACCAGUGACUUGGAUAAUGUUCCAGAGGAAGUGGUGGCUCACAGCAGCAGGCAGGAGUUGUCGAGAAAACACAGCGAUGAUGUUUUCACAGUAAUCGAGAACGGAAAUGAGCAUUACCUCCAGCCAGAGAGAAGUCCUGACGACUUGCCGUUGGAGCAGAUCCACCUACAACAAGAUGUCCUUAAGCUCAACACCUAUGUGGCCUUGUUCAGCUUUACUCCCCAAGACAGCCAUGACCUGGAGAUGAGCGCAGGAGACAGAAUCUUAGUGGCUGACGACUCGAAUGAUGACUGGUGGAAGGGGGUUAUUGAGGACAGGAUCGGUUACUUCCCGGCGGCCUAUGUUCAUCAGACUGGGAUUGAGGACCAAGUGUUCAGGUGUAACAGGACGUUCAUCGGCUGUAAGGAACAAGGACAGAUCACCUUAAAGGAGGGACAGAUCUGUGUGAGCAGUGAGGGCGAACACAGCGGCUUCAUCAGAGUGGCGAGUGGAAAGAAGAGAGGCUUCGUGCCCUGCGAUGUUCUGGAAAUCAUAUGAGACAAGCACUCAGAGACAGAAAGAGAGAGACUGAGACAACCAAGAGGAGGAGGAAACUAAAACUGCAAAAUGGCUCAGAGAAACCAGGGAGAGACUUUGCCUCGUCAGAAGUGUUGAUGUUAAAGUGAUACUGGUUUUGUGAAUGAAGACUCUGCUUUGUUGUGGGUCCGAGUCUCCGUACCUUCUUCCCUCUAACACAGAGCUAGAUGCUAAAGUAGACAUUAUAGUGUGUUUGCUAAACAGAAGCCCUCUGUUUCACUGGAUUUGAUUUAAUUUAUAAAGCUGAUCGAAGUGUUUCUGUUCCCCUUAGUUUGAUUUUGCCACAAACUGUUUGUUUUUAAAAAUGGAAACUCCCGUCUGCUUUUCAAAGAAAAGGAAACAAACACAAAGCACAUCCAAUGGCAUUCCUCUUACAAAUAGUUUAGUUGACAUGCUUUGACAUCAUGUUGCCGGCAAAGGUUUAGCUUUUAAUCCAAGGAUUUGAAGUUUGUAAUAAAUGGGUGAUUAUUUUGGAUGACAAAAUGCCAGAUCUCAGAAGGCAAUGGAAGAUUGUAUCACAGUAAACCUACUUUCUACUUAAAAUAUUUAAAGGUGGGGUAGGUAAGUUUGAGAAACCGGCUCGAGAUACACUUUUUGUUAUGGAAUG